AUGGCCUGUCCGCCACGAGAAACAUUCCAAAUCGGAUGGAUAUGUGCCCUGCCAAUCGAAAAAGCCGCAGCGUUGGAAAUGCUAGAUGAAGAUUUUGGCCCUCUUGAUUCUCAAGAUAGGUCCGACUCAAAUACCUACACAUUGGGCCGAAUCGGGAAACAUUAUGUUGUGAUCGCCUGCCUCCCUGCAGGACAAUAUGGCAACAACGCGGCCACCACGGUCGCAAAUAAUAUGGUCCGCACAUUCUCAACAUCACUCCGCAUCGGAUUGAUGGUUGGUGUUGGAGGCGGGAUUCCGUCGACUACUCAUGACAUACGACUUGGCGAUGUUGUAAUUAGCUGCCCGGAACGCACUGUCGGUGGAGUGGUCCAGUAUGACAUGGGGAAAGUCGGCUUAGAUGGUGAAUUCUAUCGAACUGGGUCUCUGAACAGUCCUCCUAGGUCACUUUUAACGGCAGUUAGCUCGAUGAGAGCCGCUGAGUUAAGAGAUGAUCCCCGCUUUCCGGAAUAUCUCGCCAACGCGACUAGAAGAACCACACGAACCCGAAAGAACUUUGGCCGACCUAAUUUAGGACAGGAUCGACUGUUUAAGCCGGAACACGAUCACCUAAUGACUGUUGAUAGCUGUGAUGGUUGUCCGGCAGAAUGGGAAGAGAUAAGGAUUAAGCGCGAGAGCAGCGAUCCACAACCACAUUACGGCAUCAUUGCGUCUGGAAAUUCUGUUAUUAAACAUGCACGGACCCGGGAGAAGCUGAGGCUAGGCACUAGAGCAUUGUGCUUUGAGAUGGAGGCAGCUGGGUUGAUGCAGGACUUUCCUUGCAUUGUUAUUCGCGGGGUUUGUGAUUACGCCGAUUCACAUAAGAACAAACAGUGGCAAGGAUAUGCAGCUCUAGCAGCGGCAUCGUAUGCUAAAGAGCUGCUAGGAUAUAUACCAGUGGCCCACGUUUCGCAAGAGAGCUUAGUGGUGGAUGCAUGUAGUAUUGAUGAAUUGAAGGACGAAAUCAAAGGCACAAAUAAACGCCUAGACCGAGCAUACAAUCAACAUUGGACAGAUCGGCAACGACGGUGUCACCAAGCUUUCAAGAUAUCAAAGUAUGAGGAGCAAAAGAACAUCAAUCCAACAAGAGUGAAAGGAACCUGUCAAUGGGCCCUACAGAACCCCGAAUAUAUUCGUUGGUGGGAGAGUAAAUACAAUGAUCUUCUAUGGGUUUCAGCCGAUCCAGGCUGCGGGAAGUCUGUACUGGCUAGAUCGAUUAUCGAUGAUGUGCAAGAUUCUAGUCCAGCAACAAUGUGUUUCUUUUUCUUCAAAGAUAACGACGAACAGAACCAUCUUGCUACAGCUCUAUGUUCAAUACUACAUCAGCUCUUUAGCCAGAGGCCUUAUCUGUUGCAUUAUGCUAUUCCGUCCUGGGAGAAAAAUGGGGAGAGACUUCAACAAGAGGUCGAUGAGCUUUGGCGGAUCUUCACAACAGCCGCAUUAGCUGACGUUUCACACAAGACGAUUUGCAUAUUCGAUGCACUUGAUGAAUGCCGUGAAGUGGAUCAGGGCCAAUUGAUUAAGAAGCUCCAAGCCUUUCACUACCAGUCAUUAACAAAGGACACCUGUUUAAAAUUCCUGGUCACUAGUCGUCCCUACGAUCAUAUACAGGAUCAUUUUCGAGCAAUCACCGAUUCUUUCCCUCAUAUCCAUAUCAAGGGGGAGGAAGAAAAUGACCAAAUCGGUGAGGAGAUUGAUCUAGUAGUGAAGAUUCGAAUGAGAGAACUAGCCGAAACAGUUCCACUUUCACCGGAUGUUCAUCAGCGAGUUCAACAGCAGCUUCUUCAAAUGGAAAACCGUACAUAUCUCUGGCUACACCUUGCUAUUGAUGAUAUCCGCACCACCUUUAAGCGCAGCCUUCGGCUUACAGAGAGUUCGAUUACACUAAUACCGCCUUCUGUGAAUGCAGCAUAUGAAAAGAUCCUCUGUCGAGUCCCAUUCGAUCAAACAGAUACAGUCAAAAAGAUCUUAGAGAUCAUCGUGGCGGCACGGCGUCCUCUAACAAUACGAGAGAUGGCCAUGGCCCUAGGCAUUGCCACCUGCUUAGGACCGCGAACGACAAUACAGGCUGGGCUAGAUCCAAUUGGUCUAGACGAGAAGCUUCGGCAAUUAUGUGGCCUGUUUGUCUUUACCAAUCACUCCAAAAUUUAUCUCAUCCAUCAGACAGCUAGAGAGUUCCUCAUAAAACAAUGUUCGAACAACCUCAAUUUUGCAUCCUGGAGCAGCUUGAGUGAUGCGGAAGAUCGAAUGGCUGAAAUCUGUUUGCGAUAUCUUUUGAUGGAGGAUUUGGAAAACUGCGGAGGCAAAUCAGGCUCUAAUGUCCGAAAUUUCUUGGAAUAUUCAGCAGUACAUUGGCCCGAUCAUGUGCGACACAUGAGUUCGACUGCAUACCAACUGACUAACUUACUGCAUCGAGUGUACAACACGAUUGCGAACCGAUUUCCGCUUUGGUUUUCAAUAUUUUGGAAUGCGAUCGAGAGAUAUGAGGAAAUGCCUUCAAUAGAUGCAAUUCAUCUGGCAGCCUUUAACGGGCAUGAACAAGUGGUCCGCAGUUUAUGUGCUCAAGAUGAAAGUGUUAUACAUAUAGCGGAUGGUGAGGGGUCAUAUCCGGUGAUUUGGGCGUCAUUAAAUGGACACAGCAAGAUCGUGCAAGGGUUGUUGGAUCUCGGAGCCUAUGUCAAUGUUCAGGGUGGACCCUACGGCAAUGCGCUACAGGCUGCUUGUUCUAAAGGACACGACAAUACCGUGCAGGUGUUGCUAGAGCACGGAGCCGAUGUCAAUGCUCUAGGUGGAGGCUGGAAUGCGCUACAGGUUGCUUGUUUUAAAGGACACGAUAAGAUCGUGCAGGUUUUGCUAGAGCACGGAGCCGAUGUCAAUGCUCCGAGUGGAGGCUACGCGAAUGCGCUGCAGGUUGCUUGUUUUGAAGGACACGAUAAGAUCGUGCAAGUCUUGCUGGAGCACGGAGCCGAUGUAAAUACUCAGGAUGAAUUCUACGGGAAUACGCUACGGACUGCUUGUUUAAGGGGACAGGACAAGAUCGUGAAGGUUUUGCUAGAGCACGGAGCCUAUGUCGAUGUCCAGAGUGAGGAUGGACUCUUCAUCACUGCUCUACAGGCUGCUCAUUCUCAAGGACACGACAAGAUCGUGCAGAUGCUCCAACUACAUUCCGUUGCUCAAUCAGUGUCUCAUACUCACCCUUGCAAGAGGUCCAAGACUUCAUGA